CAGGUUCUCUGGCAGGCUAUUCCAGAGACUGUGUACAUUGCAAUUAAAGGCUGUCUCUCCAUGCCUUUUUGUUCUAGGCUUUGGAAUAGUUAAAAGGCCAGUGCCAGAGGACCUGAGGGACCUACUGUAAACAUAACUCAAAAGCAUGUCUAAUAUGUAUUGGGGUGCACAAUUAAAACCAGUGUAAUGUGUGUUCUCCGUCCGGUCUUGCUCAGUACCCGUGCUGCAGCAUUCUGUACUUUUUGCAGUUGACAAAUGGCUUCCUUGGAUAGACCAGACAGGAAAGCAUUACAGUAGUCAAGCCUGCUUGUAAUAAAAGCAUGUAUGAGUCUCUCUGUAUCAGCCUGAGAAAGAAACAGCCACACCUUGGCAAUGUUCCUGAGGUGGUAAAAAGCUAUUUUGGUCACAUUCAUAAUGUGUGAUUUGAAAUUGAGUUCAGAAUCUAAAAUGACACCUAGGUUUUUUACCUUGUGCUUUAUCUUGCUCGUCUUGAUUUAGCUGGAGGAAGUUGAGCCAUCCAAAUAUUUAAAUCAUUAAUACAGUCUAAUAAUUCUGUGGAACUAAAAUCCUCUGGUGACACAGAAAUGUUGUGUAUCAUCUUGAACAUUGUUUUUCCAUAGAUGAUGUGCGCACCAGCACCGCCUUCUGCUAGGGAGAUUACUGUAUUGCAGACAUUUUAUGCAUAAUUUCUGAUGGAGUUAAUAUGGUUUUUGUGGGCGGAUUAUCAGCAUUUCUUUAUUUGGGCGGCCCAAAAAAAUGCUUUGGUGGCCGCCCAAGAGUUUUCAAUGGCAGAAAAAGCCUGAGCUGCACUGGAAACGCCAUCAUGGUUACAUUAUCCCAUAUCUCGUGCAGGCUCCAUGCUGUCUUAAUGUAACCAUGAUUGCGUUUCCAGUGCAGCUCAGUGUAAACAAUCAUAAGGGGUUGGUAUUUUCUGGCAAGCGAAUUCUAGGUGUUGAAGUCUUUCCAUUGAGCUGUCCUUGGGUUCCGAAAGAAAUAGAAAGUUAGAACUGUAUCCAGCAUGUGUCCGAAGCGGAGCUUCCUUCCGUUAAAUAUCCUUUACGGAUUAUUUUGACUUGAUUGUAGUGACUUCUUUACCUUGCUGACAUAGUCACUGCUCAAGCUGAAGCGGAGUUGUUUCUGAUGCAUACAGUCUACAAUGUUCCCAAAAGACAAAGAGCAGAGAUCCAGGGAUAUGAUGCAAAAAAAAUGAUUUUUCUUUCAUUAAAUAACCAAACAAAAGUAUUCUCUGAUUAAUAUAGAUCAUAGAUUAUGUGAAAUUAUAUUUUCAAAAGAAUUUGCUGCUCCUGCGUCCUCCUGACUCCUACUACACAAGGCCUAACUUCCUCCAUUUAUUCUGUACUUGCCACAGCGCAAUGGGCAAAAGUGGGCAAAAGUGGGAGCCAUAUACUAAGGUACACUAAGGCACAUUAAUAACCAAAAUAAUACAUCAAUGAUCAGGUAUAUUACACACAACAUAUAAUAUUUCAACAAUAUACAUUGUGCUUGGUACGCCUUCUGUGUUCAAUAAAAUAUGACAAACGCACACACACAAGGUCAGGGUUAAUGGAGUGUACACUCACCCCCCCCCUUCUGGAGAUGAAACAGAUCCCCCUGUCUCCUUUCAUCCAUCUUGUUUAGAGAAAAUGGGAGAGAGGAGGAAAAGAGGAAAAGGAGAGGGAUAAUGAGAAAGAGAGGAUGAGAAAAACCCGAGCAUGAUCAAUCUGCUCCAUGAAUAAUUGAAGAGGGUUGUGUUUUGGAGAGGUCUCUUCUCAGCCCAGCCAAAGCAUCCUACAAUGAUUUCUCUCUUUCUACUCUCGUAUAGUACAUCUGAUGCACAUCCGGGACAGUGUAAACAUUGAUGAUUCGAGAAAAGGCUCUCGGUGGGAGAGGAGAAGAGAGGAGUCGGUUACCUAAUAGCACUUUGCGCUGGCUGCUCCUGCCGCUGCUAACGACGAUACCCCUAUAUUCCCAUUCUGGGCUCAGGAACAUUUAGGGAGACAGGAGGAAGGAGGGAUAACCAGAGCAGGGCUUUGAAUCGUAUGCCUAUCCUAUCGACCCAGCUGAGCACCCCCCCCCCUUUUCUCCUUCUCCUCUCCUCUGUGGAUGCCCUCACUUGCAGCAUGGACUCCGGAGGGGAAAGAGAGAAAGGGUGGAUGGAAGACCAGUGGGAGAAAUGGUUGACCCAUGGCAUCAGCCUGAAUGAGUUUGAGGAUGAGGACUUGUCUGAGAUCACUGAGAUCACAGAUGAGUGUGGGAUGAGUCUCAACUGCAAUGGCCUGGAGAUUAAGGGCUGUGUGAGGCGGGGCCACAAUAGUGUGGUGGGGAAGGCAGAGCUGGGUGGUGUCGGCCAGCUCCAGGCCGAGAUGCUCCAUUUGGAUCUGAUUGACGGGGCCGAUGGUUACCGCGACGACAAGGAGUCAUCCAAGGAGCCAUCUUCCACAGCACCCUUGCCAAUAACCGAGGACCCGCCUCUAGUAACCAUGGAUAUAUACCGCCCUAAGAGACCUACAACCCUUAACCUUUUCCCCAUGGUGCCACACACUCAGGACACAUUAAACAACAACUCAUUUGGUAAGAAGUACAGCUGGCAGGAGAAGGUCUCGCGCUCAUCCUCCCCCCUCAAAACAGGUGGGCUGACCUCUCCCCAUGAGCACAGCUGUCUGAGAGACGAGGACAAGCUCCAGCAGGGAGGUGGGACAGAGACCAAGGACCGGGGCACAUCCACUGACGCUCCCUGCAAACACAAACGCACCUUUGGACACACCCACAGUUCCACAGCGGGGACACGCUCCAAACUGCAGGAGAAGCCCCCAGCAACCCCGCCUCCGCAAAACUACACACCCGCACCUCUGGGCCCCUUAGGGAAUGGCGAGGGGGGUACACACAGAGAGAAGAUUCGCUAUCACACAGACGUAUGCCUAGAACCCACCGAGGAGAUCUAUCUGACUCCUGUGCAUCGUUCCGAGCAGGACCGCCCAUUCCUGUCCCAGCAGCCAGAGCACGGACGCAUGUCAAUCAGCUCUGACACAGAGGGCCCGCCCCCUUACCAGCCUCUGCCCGAGCAGACCAACCUCUGCAUGUGUGAGGAGGUCGAGGUGUAUGUGCCCCCUCCCUCCUACGCCUCCUGUGUGGAUGCUCUCCUCACCCCUCCCUCUACUGUCCCCCCCACGGAACCCCCAGCCUUAACCCUGAACCUCAGCCUGAGGGAAGGAGGAGCAGGGGCGGUGGUGAGGGCAGGGGCAGGGGUGGAGUAUGUAGAUGCCGAGGAUGAGACAUUUGGGGGAGAGGGUGAGGCUGAGGAUAAGAGGGUAAGGGAUGUGGUAGGCAGGCGGUAUUUGGGACGUGGCGGCUGUGGUGCCCCCCUGAGGAAUUUAAUGAGCUCAGAAGCAAGUGGUCUGUCUUACGACUCUGUGAAGUACACACUCGUCGUGGACGAGCACGCGCAGCUCGAACUGGUGAGUCUGCGGCAGUGUUACCAAUGUUACAGCGACGACAGCGACUCUGCGACCGUCUACAACAACUGCAUCUCGUCUCCGUAUGAGUCGGCCAUAGUGGAGGAGUAUGAGGAGGAAGAGGAAGAGGAAGAAGAGAAAGAGGACGAGAAGGAGAGAGUGGGAAUGGUGAGGAGAGAAGCCACUGCCUGUCUGUCAGAGGACUACACCCCAGAGGCGAACCUGCACUUCUCUAAGAGGUUCCUCAACAUCUUCAUGAACGGACGGUCACGAUCCUCCAGUGCAAAGUCAUUUGGCUUGUUCUCCUGCUUCAUUAAUGGGGAGGAGAGGGAACAGAGUCACAGAGCCGUCUACAGGUUCGUCCCUCGCCAUGAUGACGAGCUGGAGUUGGAGGUGGAUGACCCUCUACUGGUGGAGGUACAAGCAGAGGAUUACUGGCACGAAGGCUACAACAUGCGUACAGGCACCCGCGGCAUCUUCCCUGCUUACUACGCCAUAGAGGUCGCCAAGAAGCCAGAGAGCUUCAAAGUGAAGAGCAGUGAAUGGAUAGACAGAUACCACAUGAAAUUCCUGGGCUCGGUCCAAGUGCCCAACCACAAAGGCAACAAUGUUCUGUGUGCAGCUAUGCAGAAGAUUGCCACCAAUAGGAGGAUGACAGUGCAGUAUAACCCACCUUCAUCUUGUAUCCUUGAGAUCAACAUGAAAGGCGUGAAGCUCCUAGUCCAGGAUGACUACUAUGCCUCUGACAGAAGUAACCAGUGCAGCCACUUCUUUCAGUUGAAGAAUGUUUCCUUCUGUGGCUAUCACCCUAAGAACAGCAAGUACUUUGGCUUCAUCACAAAACACCCAGCUGACCAGAGAUUUGCCUGUCAUGUGUUUGUGUCUGAAGAUUCUACUAAACCCCUGGCAGAGUCUGUUGGGAAAGCCUUCCAGUUGUACUAUAAGGAAUUUGUAGAUUACUCCUGUCCGACAGAGGAUAUUUACCUGGAAUAGCACCCGCCCCAACUUCCCCCACAACCCUGUACAUUACAGAUUAUCAUAACAUAAAGUUGCAUGACGGAGAAAACAUUUCUAACAAAUAUGAACUAAUAUAUCUGACAAAAAUAUGGAGAGAGAGAAAGAAGGAGAGGUAUUGGUGUCUACUGUUUAUCCAAAUAUGUCAAACAGUAUGAAGAUUGAACAAGUAAUUGAGCCAAACAUAGUGGAGACGUUGAAGAGAGGGUUGCAAAAUAUGCUAAAUGGAGUCACUGAUGAGGAAGUUAAUGUGCCUAUGGUGUCCUCAGGCUGUCCACUCAAAGCACAAUGCUCAAAUCAUAGUGACCUGGACUGGAAUAGUCUGAGACUAAUCUUCGUGGACUUGGAGCUUGAAUCCCAGGUAGAACACUGGGAUUUGUGGACUUGGAGCUUGAAUCCCAGGUAGAACACUGAGCUUUGUGGACUUGGAGCUUGAAUCCCAGGUAGAACACUGAGCUUUGUGGACUUGGAGCUUGAAUCCCAGGUAGAACACUGAGCUUUGUGGACUUGGAGCUUGAGUCCCAGGUAGAACACUGGGCUUUGUGGACUUGAAGCUUGACUCCCAGGUAGAACACUGGGCUUUGUGGUCACUAAGGUAAUAGCAAAUGGAGGUCAGGGAAAAUAAAUCAAUAAAUUAAUGAACCUGCCAUAAAGAUCCUAUUAAAUUACUAGUAUUUGAGUAUUCUAAUCCCUUUGGAAUCUCUCAUUUUGGUGUGAUACAUUGCGUGAGGGAAACUGAUUCUGCUUGAGCUAAUGGUGCAGUGUGUUUAGAGAGGGUGAUAGGCCUCACUGGAGAGUCCUGUGGGCGAAGGUAACUAAUGAUCUAGGAUCAGAUUACCCUACCCCAACCUUUACAAUUAAGGGGAUGACAAAUGAUCUGCCAAAUUAUCCGUGGCUAACUGUUACUUAUUUUCCAUGUGGUUGCUCCCACUAAAACAAAAAAAAGUAAGCAUUAGGGUCACACUGUUGACCAGGAAUGUGUCUUUAAUAUGCUGCAAAGCCUUUAAUAUGCUGCAAAGCCUUUGGUAUUAUCUCUGGUACAUUGUCAGAACCUUUAAAUAUAUUCACAUUAAGGAAUCAAGAGAAAAAAAAAGAAAAAAGGAGAUUCCUACCAAUAAAAGCGCUCACGUUGUU